AUGGGAAGCGCUCUUGAGAAGUCGCUUGCAGUGAGCCAGGCAGGAGAACUGUAUGAGGAGUGGCUGGAGCUGAGAAACGGCUGCCUCUGCUGCUCUGUUAAGGAUAAUGGACUUAAAGCCAUAGAGAACCUGAUGGAGAAGAAAGGAAAGUUCGACUACAUCCUUUUAGAAACUACAGGACUCGCUGAUCCUGGAGCUGUGGCCUCCAUGUUUUGGGUCGACGCAGAACUUGGAAGUGACGUCUAUUUAGAUGGCAUUGUGACGGUGAUUGAUGCCAAGUAUGGGCUCCAGCAACUAAAAGAGGAAAAAGCAGAUGGACUUGUCAAUGAAGCAGCCAGACAGAUCGCUCUUGCAGAUCUUACCAUUAUCAAUAAGACAGACCUGGUGGAGGAGGAGGAACUGAACCAAGUCCGAGACUCUGUCAGGUCUAUAAAUGGUCUUGUAAAGAUUCUGGAAACUCAGAGAUCAAGGGUGGAUCUCUCUCAAGUGUUGGAUUUGCAUUCGUUUGACUGUAAGGAUGGAGCAAAGCUUUCUGAGAAGCUCCAGCAUUUGAAACCUGCCAGACCACACCUAGACAAGAGUAUUUUAACCGUAACGUUUGAGAUAUCUGGAGACCUCCAUGAGGAUGCCCUAAAUGCCUUCAUCCAAGAUCUGCUUUGGGAGAAGAAGUUCUGUAACAAAGCAGGGGAACCCAUGAGUGUCAUCCGGUUGAAGGGCAUAGUAUCGUUUCCAGGUAAAGCCCACCAAGUGAUGCUGCAGGGGGUCCAUGAGCUAUAUGAGUUGAAUGAGACUCCACAGCUUUGGGAGGAAAACCCACAUACAAACAGGCUGGUCUUUAUAGGCAGGAACCUGGACAAGGACAUUCUACAUGAGGUUUUCACGUCUACUGUUGUAAAGGAUGGAGGAAAAAGUUAGUUUGAGGGUAUUCUCUGAAGAUCAUUAGGGGACUGUGUGGUAGUAAAGGUUAUGGAAGAUCUAGAACUACAUCUGUGACGGAGUCUAAACUACUCUACUGUGAAACGAAGAGUAAAGAUAACUUUAACUUGUGAUGAUUCACCACAACCUGCUUUAAAAGAAAAAUAGAGGACAUUUAGAAAAGUUUCAAUAUAUAUAUAAAAAAAAAACUCAAACGUGUGGUGAACGAAUUAUAGUUUCUAAAGGUGACUUUAAGUUUAACCUGCUUGUAAUUACACUCUUUAGGGUUGCAGUAGUUUCUCAGACUUUCUCAACUCUGU